CCUGCCUGCUGCCCCGCCAUCCUCGCCCCGCAACAUAACCUUCCAACUGAAAAACGAAAUUAACACCUACCAAGAAGAUGAUGUUCCUCCCGCGCCAAUUCCAGAAGCCGCACGCAAUAGGGCCGCGAGCGCACUCUUCCCACGCCUCCCACGCCUCCCACGCCCCAGCAGCAACGAAACCAGCAACGAAACCGGCGGCAGCAGCAGCGGCGGCGAUAGAUGAAACCGCCGCACGAUCCCUAGUCCUCACGCUCGAGCAGCUGUUUUCCUCUGAGAACCCGUAUACCCCGUGGCUUGCCGGGCGGGCUCGGGGGAAGGAUGAGUAUGUACACCUAGUAUCAAUCGUCGAAUGCGAAAUAUUCGCGGAGCACCGUCCGCCCGUGACGCAGGUGCUGGUGAAGCGUGCGCUCGAAGCGGUGGGCUCCACGCUGCUAGAGAUCGCGGAGGACGGGUAUCACAUACGCUUGCGCCCGGGACUGCAGCGGCAGCAGCUCGACGAGGAGCGAACGGUUUAUAUCGAGCCCUCAACGCCCUCUUUACCCCUCCGCGCGCCCGGCAAAAUCGCGCUCGAGCUCUCGCGCACGCUGCCCACACAGCUGCUGCCGGUCGUGUACACGAGCACCACAGCGCGCAGCUGGACGCUGGUCACGCUUGCUGCGGCGGUGAGCGAACAGGACGUGGCGGAUCGUGUGCUGUGGCCAGCGGGGUGGAUCGUGCUCACGCAGAAAGAGUGGGAGAGGCGCCAGGAGGAGUAUCAUAGCAGAAGGAGGGGCGCGGUGGAGGCGCGGUUGGUGCAGCCGCUAUAUGAGCUGGAGCAGGAGGGGGUGGGAUAUGCGGGAAAUGCGGGAAAUGCGGGGCACGGGGGCGGGAGUGCGAGGGAGUUUGAAAAAGGGCUGAUUGUCCACAUCGAGAGGUUGCAUGGCGAGGUCAAUAAGCCGUCGAUCAGCUCGUUUGUUACGCGCAGCGUGGAUAGGUAUCUACGCAAGAAGGAGGGGAGGAACGCAGAGAAGAAGAAGAAGGAGAAGGAGAGCGCCGAGGAGAAGGAGGAGAAUGAUGAGAAGGAGAAGGACGAGGGUGCGCAUGGUAAUCCGAAGGUGCAGAUUAACUACAUUGAUUACAAGAAGGGCGCGGACAGGUGCUACCUCCGACAAUCGACCGCGGCGGACUCGGAGCUCAUCGUUGCGGCGCUGAAGAAGAGGAAGAGGGCGAUGAGGGAUGGGAAUGAUGGCAGGGGUUUCAAGGAGAAGGAGCGGUUUGUGGUGGGGAGGAUACUGGAGGGCGAAGAGGAGAAGCUGUAUUGGAAGAAGGUGCAUGAUACGGUCAGUGAGACGGCGGCGGCGAAGAAGGGGAGGAAGGGGAAGGGCAGGGAGCAGACGGCGGGGACGGCGGGGACGGCGGGGGAGGCAGAGAUGGUGGUGGAUGUGGAUGUGAGGCAGCCGGGGAAGAGGCCGAGACUGAGCACCGGAUCGGUCGUGCUGGAGGGGAAGAGGAAGAAGCUCGAUAGUUGAAGAUGGCUGCUGUACGUAUUCUGCACAUGCUAUUCUCACUGAUGCUACUACGUUCUUGUAUGCACCCAAUCUGAAGACGCUCGACAGUUGAAGCCG